AUGAAUCGCAACUGGCCGAACCCGGAGUUCCAGUUUAACGUUGUUAAAAAACACUGUGAUUUUCGGGACCUUGACCGCCUGCUCGACUCCGGCGGCAAUGAUUUUCUCUAUGCGCGCAAGCCCCUGGCAAAGCACGCCUUUGAACGGUCUAGACGGAUUGUCCUAAUCUUACGUUGUUGCAACAAGCUAGGUAGGUCGAGUCACGAUCCCUGCAUGCCGGCAUGCCGGCAUUUACCCCCUGCUGCCGGCCCGUUUCCUGGUUUGUGCGCAGAACGCAGAACUCAAUGUCUGGUUGAACGUCUUUGA